AUGUAUCUUUCCUUCCAUUUUCUUUUUUUGGGUAGAAAUCAAAGAAUGAGGAUUGUCUUCAGUGAUGUUUUUACCUUACUCUGCCUCUUGGGUGGUGCUGGAGGUGUGAUUUGUAGAUUAUGCAACCUCUCAAUCCCUUUCCAUGGAUGUCUUUUGGAUUUUGGAACCUGCAAAACAAAACCUGGUCAGUACUGCAUAAAAGAGAUUCACGUGAAAGGUGGAAUUCAGUGGUAUGCCAUUCAAGGUUGCACAGAGACCCAAGAUGAGUGCUUCAAGAGAAUAACAAAGCCUUCUGGAAUUCUCUCUACUCACUGUUGCCUUUAUACCUUGUGCAAUCUUUGA